GACUGACGACAUUGUUGGGCCGCAGCUGCUUGAAUAGCUCCAGGCACGGAAAAAGGCUCUCGCCAUGGACGCGCCUGGCGCGACGGAGGUAGCAGACAGUGCUAGCCAGGCAAAUCCCGAGCACGAAACAUCUAUCCCGCAGAGUACCAACGAAACCAGCGACAAGCACUAUCGCAAUGAUCGACCGACACCAACUGAGGACGGACAAAACAAUGGCGACGAUGAAAGCACAGAGGAUGGGGAGGAUGAAAUAGAAGGAGAAGAAGAGGAUGGUGAUAGCGAGGAGGAUGAAGACGAGGAACCACGGCUCAAAUAUGCGUAUCUGACGAAACAUCUGGGCUCGGUAUACCGGAAUGGCGAUGCAACAAGCUCUUUCAUCACCGCAGGAGACAAGAUGGUGAUUGGAACGCAUAAUGGCAACAUUCAUGUGCUGUCCUUGCCUCUCCUACAAUCCCUUCGUGUAUAUCAUGCCCAUUCAGCAAGUGUCACGUCUAUCUCAGUCUCACCGUUCCCUCCUCCCCUGCCGACUUUCAAACCGGAACCAUUGACCAGAGCUUCUACCUUUACUGAAGACCAGCUCCCCAACAGGUCUUCCUCCAGUUCUGCCAGUCUUCGAGGACAACCGAGGAGCCAGCAAGCGGCUGUUCCCGCGAUACCUUCGAACUCAAUAUACAUUGCAACCUCCUCCAUCGAUGGGAAUGUAUGCAUUUCGUCGUUGGUGGACCCAAGAGAUGUCAUACUACGGAACUUUGGUCGGCCGGUCCAAACGGUCGCAUUGUCCCCCGAGUACAAGAGUGACAGGACAUUUUUGUCAGGCGGACGUGCAGGCGAUCUCAUUCUUACCACAGGUGGUCGGGUGGGAGCAAGCUCAAAUUCAACCACAAUGGGGGGUGCUGCAGCAGCAGCUUCCAGCUGGCUAGGCUCGAUAGGCCUGGGGGCAAAUAACGGCAAAGAUAUAGUCCUACAUAGCGGAGAAGGGUCUAUCAGCGUGAUAAGAUGGUCAUUGUCUGGGAAAUAUGUCACUUGGGUCAAUGAGGAGGGUAUCAAAAUCAUGCGAUCAAAUCUGCAUUUGGAUUCCGCAGAUCUGGACCUUGCCUGGAAACGAGUCGGUCACAUAGACCGUCCAAACCUUCCCGGCUGGGAAGAAAUGGCCGGUGUUUGGAAAGCCCGGGCUGAGUGGAUUGAUGAAGACUCCUUAGAUAGCCUGGACGAUCCGGUUUCCAGGGUUGAUGCCUCUCAUGAGAAUCCCAAAUCACCUAAACCGGCCCCGGCACAAGAAACGGUGGAGAAGCUGAUUGUCGGCUGGGGAGGUACAGUUUGGGUUAUCCAUGUAUACCCCGAUCGACCGAACAAGAAUAUUCGGGACCACAAGCUCGGCUCCGUGGAGGUUUCUACAGUAUUACGAACGGAUUGUGUUAUAUCCGGAAUUUCUUUAUAUACCCCCCGCCUCAUUAUGGUACUUGCACAUAUCGAAGCGGAAGAUGACGCUUCAGAACAGCGGUCCAAACAUGGUGUUCUUCGUCCUGGGACUCACCGACGCCAAAAGGGCCUAGAACCUGAACUUCGGAUCAUUGACAUUGAAAGCAAGGAAGAGCUCAGCGCUGACACACUCUCCGUCAGUCGUUAUGAAAGUCUCACUUCCUCGGACUACCAUAUGUCCAUUUUAUCUCCUUGGAAGACGCCUAUUCCUAUUACCCAGCGAGGAACAUUGGGUGCAAUUGGGAACGGUCUCUGGGAUGCAACAAUGUAUCCUGCACGUCUGUUCAGCUCUGCGGGAAGUAUCCGAAGUACCACGAGCAGUGGUGAUAGGCGCUCAAGUAGGGCGGCAGAUACCAUAUCUUCACGAAGGAUCUUCAACGACGAGCCCCUUCCCAAAGAGUUGCAGGAAGUUGCAGGGGCUAUUGGAUCGCGAAUUUUCAUUCAUAGUCCCUUCGAUUGCGUCGUUUCUCUGAAGAGAGAUCUCACAGAUCGUCUGGCGUGGUUAGAUGCACGUGGGAAAUACGAGGAAGCCUGGAAACUUGUCGAUGAGCAUCCAGAAGCAGCUGGGUCUGCGAGUCAACUCAAUGAUAACAUCUCUGAAACCCCAACGAAGCAGAGCAGCCUUGGUGAUUUCUUUGCCGACGACCGGUCAUCGAUUACGACGACGGGCCGAGCAGUGAACUCUGCAGCUGACCAGGAGAAGCGCCGGAUUGGCGAGUUAUGGGUUGAACAGCUUGUCAAGGAAGAGAAGUGGGCCGAGGCUGCUGAGAUCUCUGCUAAAGUGAUCAUUACUGCUCCUAGAUGGGAGCAUUGGGCUUGGAGAUUUAUAGACAACAGAAAGCUCGAUGAGAUAUCUUCAUAUAUCCCUACUCAUCUGCAUCCACCACUAUCGUCAGCCAUUUAUGACACCAUUCUUUUGCAUUAUGUUCCACAAGACCGACGCAGACUGGAGGAACUCGUCGAUGCAUGGCCAUCAGACCUUUUCGAUGCCAACAACGUGGGGAAGGCCAUAGAGAAGCAACUGCAAUCUGACUCUACAGUUCCAGAUUCUGAAGAUUGGCGUACUCUUAUGAAAUGCCUUGCUAAGCUUUACUUGGUGGGAGGUCAUUAUCAUGAAGCAUUGCGCUGCUACAUCCGCCUUCAAGAUGCAGAUACGGUGAUGUCGUUAAUUAGAGAGCACCGUCUUCUGGAUGCUGUUUCUGAUGAUAUUCCGGCCUUUAUCUUGAUCCGCGUAACCAGAGAACAGUUGAAAUCGGCACCCAUUCCUGAGCUUGAAGAAGCAACGGCAGAGCCUAUAAAAGUUCUCGUCAGCGAAGCGUACACGGGCAUCGUUCGUCCAGAGACAGUGGUCGCCCAGCUGCAAGCUAAGAAUCGCUUGCUCUAUCUUUAUUUCUACUUGCGGGCUCUCUGGCGGGGAGAGUCGCUUCCCCACGAGGCCACAAAGCCUCGUAGGGGCCGUGGAGCUCGUGUACGGGAUGCAGCGAGUAAAUUGGCAGCCGAUGAAGGCAAAGCAUUGAUUGAUCACUUUGCGGACACGGCUGUAGAGCUGUUCGCUGACUACGAUAGACCAUUGUUGAUGGAAUUCCUACAGACCAGCACUGCUUACUCUUUUGAGAUGGCAAGUUCCAUAUGCGAAACCCGUCGCUAUACCCCAGAGCUUAUCUACCUGCUAUCGAAAAUGGGCCAAACCAAACGGGCAUUGAACCUCAUACUUUCGGAUCUGAAGGAUGUCUCGAAAGCCAUAUCGUUUGCCAAAUCACAAGACGACCCAGACCUCUGGGAAGAUCUUCUCGACUAUUCGAUGGACAAACCCCGUUUCAUCCACGGAUUGCUUGUCGAGGCAGGGACCGCGAUCGACCCAAUCAAGCUCGUUAGGCGCAUCCCUAGUGGUCUGGAGAUCGAAGGCUUACGGGAGGGUCUCACUCGUAUGAUCCGCGAACAUGAUCUCCAAGCGAGUAUCAGUCAAGGUGCCGCGAAAGUCCUUCAGAGUGAGGUUGCGGUAGGGAUGGAUCAAUUGCGGAAAGGCCAGAAACGAGGAAUCAAGUUCAACAUAGUCGAAGACGAGGAGAAAGAGGAUGUGAAUGCCCAAGAUGACUCGAAGAGUGUUGCUGAAACCGUAAAGUCCGCGAAACCGUCCAAAUCCUCCGCAGGCCGGUGUGCUGGUUGUCAAUCUCCCUUUCACCCUAACGAACAAGAGAUCCUUGUCGGCUUCGCCUGCGGUCAUAUAUUCCAUCUAUCACACGUCCAUCCAGAGCCUGCUCCGGGCACGGAUGAUAAUUCCUCGGGAACUCAUACACCUGUGCCAUUCCCGCGUACGCCAACGUUUGAUGAAACGUCAUUGUCCGCAUCCCGCACAGUCGGUCCCAAGGUGACGACCGCUCGACUACUCAGGGACCGGGUUGGGGAUGGAUGUCGGAUCUGUGCAAUGGCCAAGGAAAUCGAAACUAUUGGUGAUGAUUCUGAGGAAAUGGAGAUCACAGGGUUGUCAGUUCACUAGUUACCAAUGGUAGACCCCAAAAUGCUUCGUUAGAUAUCUCCAGGUGACUGCCACUUGGCCCUGAGCGCAUGAAGACUUUCGAUACUGCCAGUGGCCUUCAAUGGCAUUACAGAGCGGGUCUGGUCGGACGAGACUAAUACGAUUCAGAAGCUGGACAGACUACAACUAAAGGAAUGAGUGUUUAUAUGGGACAGAUGAUUAUGUUUUGCUUAUGAUGGAGAUACCCAUGAUAGUCAAUUUACGAUUCAAGGAAUACCAAUUACAUGAUGAUAAAGAUCUGGACCCCGCUGUCUCACAUACCAAGUCAUUACAGAAGAAACCUCGAGCCAGGAAUAAAAGACGAGUGUCUCGCAAG